ACCAGUUCCAUUUCUGUCAAAGAAACAAACAGCUUAUUAGUCCACAUAAACUUUUGCAUCAAAAAACCUAUAGCAUAUUCGGUUCAAAUGGAAACAAUUUCUAACAAGUUGUUGGUCUUCUUGAUGAUACCUUUUUUCCUCCUAAACAUGAUUAGUUGUGAGGAGGAUGAGGUGAAAAGAACACUGAUACAGUUCCUGACACAACUCAAAGGCCAGCAGAACAAUAAUUCCACUUUGCUUUGGAAACUAGACACUGAUCCUUGCAAAGAUCAGUGGAAUGGUGUAAUCUGUGAUGCUCAAAUGUCUAUAAAGAGGUUGGAUCUUUACAGGUUCAAUUUGUCUGGAAAUCUUGAUGUUUCCUUGCUUUGCAAUUCGCAGCCUCUAGCUGCAUCACUCACCUUUCUUAGUCUUGAUGACAACAACAUCAGUGGUGGAAUAGCAUCCGAGAUCGGAAAUUGCAAACAACUCACUCGCAUUCACCUAAGCGGAAACCAACUUGCUGGAAACCUUCCUGCUUCGCUUGCCACGUUGAACAAUUUGAAAAGACUAGACCUUUCGAACAACAAGUUUUCAGGACCGUUGCCAAACCUGGAUAGAAUCUCAGGCCUCAAUAUGUUCCUAGCACAAAACAAUGACUUCAGUGGAAAUAUACCAGCAUUUUAUUUCUCUAAUUUUGACAAAUUCAAUGUUUCUUUUAACAAUUUCAGUGGCCUAAUUCCAGAUGUGCAAGGUUAUUUCUCUGCCGACAGUUUUCUCGGUAAUCCAGGACUAUGUGGAUAUCCGCUACAGAAAAAUUGUUCCAGUCAGAUUCUGCGGAGUACUUCUAGUAAGAUAUCUGAUGAAGAAAAAUCAAAGGGUCCUUCUAAAGAGCAGAUACUUAUCUAUUCAGGCUAUGCUGCAUUAGGUGUUAUCAUAAUCCUUUUUGUAGUCUUGAAGCUAUGUAUUGUAAAGAAACGAGGAAAGAAAAUUGAAGCAGAAUCAAAUGGUGAUAUCGAAAAAACAAGCCAUGUUUCAAGGGAAUCCAAAUCAGAAGAGGCAAGCAAAUCAGGAUUUUCAGUUUCUUCUGAAAAUGGAAUGGUCUCACAACAAUCACUUAUUGUUCUUGCAAGGCCAAUGGUGAAUGAAUUGAAAAUGGAGGACUUGUUAAGAGCACCUGCUGAAAUGAUUGGGAGAGGGAAGAAUGGAAGUCUUUAUAAGGUGAUGUUAACCAAUGGAAUAGUAGUGGUUGUGAAAAGGAUUAAGGAUUGGAGUAUUUCUAGUGUUGAAUUCAAGCAAAGAAUGCAACUAUUGAAUCAAGCAAAGCAUCCUCAUGUUCUGUCACCUCUUGCUUUCUAUGUUUCCAAACAAGAGAAGCUUUUGGUCUAUGAAUAUCAGCAAAAUGGAAGUUUGUUUAAGCUUCUACAUGGUAAAUCAAAAACCUUUGAUUGGACAAGCAGACUUGGAAUUGCAUCUUCAAUUGCUGAAGCAUUAGCUUUCAUGCAUCAAGAGCUAGGCCAACAUGGUAUUAUUCAUGGUAACAUGAAAUCAUCAAACAUUUUGCUAAACAAUAACAUGGAGCCUUUUAUAAGUGAAUAUGGUACUAUGCCUAAGGAUGAUCAUCAACAAAGUUCAACUUUUGCAACACCUAUUGCUAAUGAUGCAUUUAAAGGAGAUGUUUAUGGCUUUGGUGUUAUUCUUCUUGAACUACUUACUGGAAAAUUGGUGAAGAAUGAUGGUAUUGACUUGACUGAUUGGGUUCAAUCAGUUGUAAGGGAAGAAUGGACAGGUGAAGUGUUUGAUAGAUCAUUGUUGAAAGAGUAUGCAAGUGAAGAGAGGAUGGUUAAUAUGCUUCAAGUGGCUAUAAGAUGUGUUAAUAGGUCCUUAGAGGCUAGGCCAAGUAUGAAUCAAGUGGUUCUUAUGAUUAACACUAUCAAAGAUGAAGAGGAAAAAUCAUUGAUUUACCAAGUUUGAUUGCUUAGGAUUAAAUUUAUACAUGAAACAAGAGGAUGGCCUUACAUCCUUCAAAUCAAUUUCCUUAAAAUAUUUAGAGCUAGGACUAUUUUAGUUCACGACAAAAACUGCAAGAAUCAAUUUAGUCUCUAAAAAAAAACCAAGACAACUUAAUCUCUUUCGUCUUUAAAGAGGUGGAGACUAAAUUGUUCAGAUAGAGAUUAAGUUGUUCCAUUAUAUCUUUCUCAGGUACUAAAAGUUGUAUAUAUUUUUCCAUAAAUUAAAUUAGAUCUCGUGAUUUUUCUUAAGAACUAAAAUGUUCGUCACUCAAAUAUUUGUAAGUCUUGAACAACCAACCAUGAAGGAGCUACAUUUAAGGGUUAAAACAAUACUAGUUUGAGACUUGUGAAUAAACUAUAGAUUUAAAAUAUUGUUCCUACUUAUUUUUAUUUUUUUGAAAGGAAAUAUUGUUCCUACUUGUAUUUUAUGGGCUGUCUAGUUUUAACUAGUAGUAACUUUGUAGCAAUAUUCCUCUUGAAUAAUGACCUCUGCUUUUCUUA